CCAAAUGGUACGGAUGGAGUUGUUGAAAAAGGAUUUGACUGAUGAGAUAAAAUCAAGAUUCUUCCACUUACAAAUCUCACUCGAAAUGGAGUCGCCCUUCAAGCCAGAGAUUCUCAAAGGCAAGGUAGCCCUUUUGACCGGAGGAGCUUCCGGUAUCGGCCUCGAGAUUUCCACACAGUUCGGUAAACAUGGCGCUUCCAUCGCCAUCAUGGGCCGUCGCAAAACCAUCGUUGACUCUGCCGUCUCCUCUCUCCAGUCUCUCGGUAUUCCGGCUGUUGGUUUUGCUGGGGAUGUUCGCAAUCAGAAAGAUGCCAAGCGAGUAGUAGAAUCAACUAUUGAACGCUAUGGGAAGCUCGAUAUUCUUGUGAACGCUGCUGCUGGCAAUUUCCUGGUCUCGCCAGAAGAUCUAUCUCCAAAUGGGUUUCGAACAGUGAUGGACAUCGAUUCUGUUGGUACGUUUACUAUGUGUCAUGAAGCCCUCAACUAUCUUAAGAAAGGAGCAGCAGGAAGAAGCUCAGAUAGUGGUGGAAUAAUACUGAAUAUCAGUGCCACCCUACACUACACAGCUGCUUGGUACCAAAUUCAUGUAGCUGCUGCUAAGGCGGCAGUGGAUGCAAUUACCAGAAAUUUGGCUCUGGAAUGGGGUACUGAUUAUGAUAUACGAGUCAAUGGGAUUGCACCUGGUCCGAUAAGCGACACUCCUGGUAUGAGGAAACUUGGACCGGAUGAGAUAAAAAGCAAAAGUAGAGAGGUCAUGCCUCUCUUCAAACUUGGGGAGAAAUGGGAUAUUGCCAUGGCAGCCAUCUAUCUUGCAUCAGAUACUGGUAAAUAUGUGAAUGGGACGACCCUAAUUGUUGAUGGAGGACUGUGGUUAAGCCGGCCACGUCACUUACCAAAGGGGGAAGUGAAACUGCUUUCUCGUGUAGUAGAAAAACGUGCUCGAGCUACACCCACUGGGGUACCACCUUCUAGCAAACUCUAGCCUAAUCGAAUGGUGGAUAAGAAAUUGGUUAAGGGGUAAUAUAUAUUGAAUAUGAGUGCUAGAUUUAUGGGGAAUAUGUAUUUGCCAAAGAAUAAAUGGGAUAUUACAUGCCGUUUUAUCAGAAAAUAUUUCGCUGAAAUCUUUAUAAUCUUGAAAUGAUGGCUUUGUUUUCUUGGAUUGUA